AUGGUUGCAGCAGUGGACAAUCGCAAAUCCGUUCUCAUCACCGGCUGCUCCCCCGGCGGAAUUGGGAACGCGCUCGCGCGAGAAUUCCACCGAAAUGGGUUGCGGGUAUUUGCGACUGCCAGGAGCAGUAAGCAUAUCGAAGAUCUGGAAGCGCUGGGAAUCGAAACGCUCAGUCUGGUCGUGGACGAUGAGGAGAGCAUCAAGGAAUGUUACGCCGAGGUGGAGAGAAGGAUAGGGGACAAAGGCUUGGACUAUUUGGUUAACAAUGCAAUGACAAGCAUGUUAAAGCAAUGGAGAAUAGACCACACUGUGCCUGCGAUGGACGUCGACAUUGCCGAGGCCCGUCAAACAUUCGAGACGAACUUCUUCGGUGUCAUCCUCAUGUGCCAAACCUUUCUUCCAUUGCUUAUCAAGGCGCAAGGUACUAUCGUCCAGAUCGGAUCAGUAGCUGGGAUCAUUCCCUACGUGUUCGGCUCGGUCUACAACGCCUCCAAGGCGGCAUUACACUCUUUCAGUGAUACUUUGCGUGUUGAACUUGCCCCAUUCGGAGUCAAAGUUACCACUGUUAUCACCGGCGGCGUCCAGUCUCGCAUUGCACGGGUGAAGCGGGUGCUGCCCCCGACUUCUCUCUAUCGUCCUAUUGAAGCUGAGUAUAAUCGUCGCGUCUCCCACAGCCAGGAGGGAGCAAUGCCACAUGAUGCGUAUGCGCGCAGCGUUGUUACACAAGUUUUGUACGGCUCUGCGCCAUGGCGGUGGUUGUGGCCCUGGGCUCAGGGCUCGAAGAAGUGGAUUUGGGAGGGCAAUCGCAGUUGGAUCAUUAGAUUCGUGACUGGAGGAUGGCUGUGGUUCGGACUGUUCGAUCGCGUGUUCACGAACAUGUUCAAUUUAUGGAAGUUGAGAGGAACAUGGGGUGGAUGGAAACGGUGA